CUUUAAACCACCGAGUCCGCAACAAACAGCGUAGAGGAAACCACGGAGGAAAGGAAAGAGGAGAGAGAGCAAGCAUUCUCCAUCCUAAUAGUUUUAGUUGAGUUACGGGUGCUGAGCACUCACAUCCUUCAACAACAUGGGGGAACUCUUCCGAAGCGAAGAGAUGACGCUGGCUCAGCUCUUCCUCCAGUCAGAAGCUGCCUACUGCUGCGUCAGUGAGCUGGGAGAGAUCGGGAUGGUGCAGUUCCGUGAUUUAAAUCCUGACGUGAAUGUGUUCCAACGAAAGUUUGUCAAUGAAGUACGACGAUGUGAAGAGAUGGAUCGCAAACUGAGGUUUGUGGAGAAAGAGAUUAAGAAGGCGAACAUCCCGAUAGUUGACACGGGAGAGAACCCUGAAGUCCCUUUCCCGAGGGACAUGAUCGACUUGGAGGCCACCUUUGAGAAGCUUGAGAACGAGCUGAAGGAAAUAAACACCAACCAAGAAGCCCUAAAGAAGAACUUCCUGGAACUGACUGAGCUCAAGCACAUUCUGCGCCGCACACAGCAGUUUUUUGAUGAGAUGGAGGACCCCAGUUUAUUGGAGGAGUCAUCCACCCUUCUGGACCCCAAUGAGAUUAAUCGAGGGGCUCCUCUCAGACUGGGAUUUGUGGCUGGAGUUAUCGGAAGGGAACGUAUUCCCACAUUUGAGAGGAUGUUGUGGAGAGUUUGCAGAGGUAAUGUGUUCCUGAGGCAGGCAGACAUUGAAGAUCCUCUGGAGGACCCCGCUUCGGGGGACCAGGUCCACAAGUCCGUCUUUAUCAUUUUCUUCCAGGGAGACCAGCUGAAGAAUAGAGUGAAGAAGAUCUGUGAGGGGUUCAGAGCAACGUUGUACCCGUGUCCAGAAACACCUCAGGAGAGGAAAGAGAUGCUAGCAGGAGUGAACGCCCGCAUUGAAGACCUGCAAAUGGUGCUGAACCAGACAGAGGAUCACAGGCAGAGGGUCUUGCAGGCUGCAGCCAAGACAGUCAGAGUGUGGUUCAUCAAGGUGAGGAAGAUGAAGGCCAUCUACCACACGCUAAACCUCUGCAACAUUGAUGUGACCCAGAAGUGUCUGAUUGCCGAGGUGUGGUGUCCUGUCUCCGACUUGGACUCCAUCCAGUUUGCCCUGCGCAGGGGGACGGAGAAGAGCGGCUCCACUGUGCCUUCCAUCCUCAACAGGAUGCAGACAAAGCAGACCCCACCCACCUAUAACAAGACAAACAAGUUCACCUCAGGCUUUCAGAACAUUGUGGAUGCUUAUGGAAUCGGCAGCUACCGUGAGAUUAAUCCAGCUCCAUACACCAUCAUCACCUUCCCCUUCCUAUUUGCGGUUAUGUUUGGUGACCUGGGCCACGGGACGCUCAUGACCUGUGCUGCUCUAUACCUCGUGCUAAGAGAGAGCAGGCUGAUGGCCCAGAAGAACGAUAAUGAGAUGUUCAGCAUGGUGUUUGCAGGGCGCUACAUCAUCCUGCUUAUGGGAAUCUUCUCAGUUUACACGGGCAUCAUUUACAACGACUGUUUCUCUAAGUCCCUCAAUCUGUUUGGCUCGGGCUGGAGCGUCAGGCCUAUGUUCGACCGUCGAGUGGGGGGCAACUGGACUGAUGAAACACUCGAGGGAAACAAGAUUUUGCAGUUGGACCCAGCAGUAGAUGGAGUUUUCACAGGGGCUUACCCUAUCGGCAUUGAUCCGAUAUGGAACAUUGCCACCAACAAGCUGACAUUCCUGAACUCCUUCAAAAUGAAGAUGUCUAUUGUCCUGGGAGUCAUCCACAUGCUGUUUGGAGUCUCUCUCAGUCUCUUCAACCACCUGUAUUUCAAGAAGCCACUGAAUAUCUACUUGGGAUUUAUCCCAGAGAUUAUUUUCAUGUCCAGUCUGUUUGGCUACCUCGCCCUUCUAAUCUUCUAUAAAUGGUUGUCAUACGAUGCAAGAACCUCUAAAGAUGCGCCUAGUCUCCUCAUCGCCUUCAUCAACAUGUUCCUGUUUAACUACAGUGACCCCACUAACAAACCUCUGUACAGAGGACAGAUGGUCUUACAAUCACUCUUGGUGGUCAUCGCCCUGGCAUGUGUUCCUUGUAUGUUAAUAGUGAAAACUCUGGUUCUGCGGAGACAGCAUUUGUGGCGGAAAAACUUGGGCACAGAAAACUUUGGAGGGAUUAGGGUGGGCAACGGUCCCACUGAGGAUGAGGCAGAAAUCAUACAGCAUGACCAGCUCUCACAGCACUCUGAGGAGGAGCCUGAGCGUUGCCUUUUGUCACCUGCUUUCAAGGCCCGGGAGGAGGAAGAGUUUAACUUUUCAGACGUGGCCGUGCACCAGGCCAUCCACACUAUAGAGUACUGCCUGGGUUGUAUCUCCAACACUGCUUCCUAUCUGAGGCUUUGGGCCCUCAGUCUGGCGCAUGCACAGUUGUCAGAGGUGCUGUGGUCCAUGGUGAUGCGCAUCGGCCUUUCCACAACCAGCAUUGGAGGGUUUUUCCUUCUCACCAUAGCCUUUUUCUUCUUUGCUGUUCUCACAGUUGCAAUUCUUCUCAUUAUGGAAGGUUUGUCAGCCUUCCUGCAUGCACUGCGACUGCACUGGGUGGAGUUCCAAAAUAAGUUUUACUCAGGCCAGGGCUUCAAAUUCCUCCCCUUCACAUUCGAAAGCAUCCUGGAUGGGAGUUUUGAAGAAUGAGAUCCGAGAAUCAGUUUGGUGUUGAAUAGAGAUUUUUUUUUUGACGUCUGUCAAACUGCCAAUAGUUUUAAGCUUCUCACCAUUUUAAGAAUCAUCAUCUAAAUUGGGAACAUCUACUCAGAAAUGACUUUUCAUUCAUUCAUUCCUCAGAAAAAGAAGCAUUAUCUGUAAUCUGUUAUGUGUCUUGUCUUAGUGAAGUCAUUUGUUUUACUUGUUUGUUUUAUUUAGUUUAAUAUUAUUUAUGCGAUUUUGUCCUAUUGUAAAACCUGCAUUUUGUUUUCAUAUGUGGGAGUGUUGCACUGCAGAUCAUUAUGAAUUAGAUCUACUAUUUGUUGACAGAUGCUUAUUCAGAGUAAAGUGGCUUAAACAUGUAUUUAACUUUCUUUAUAUCUUUGCGUCAUUGUAUUCAGGUUGUCUCUUUCUCUCUGUGUCGGCAUUGUUCUUUAGCACCAAUCAACAUCUCGUACACAGCUCAGCUCAUCAGUUCGAUUUCGGAAACAUGCACACGCACGUUGCACAUGCAGACCCCGCUAUAACGCUGCAAACUGACCUCGCACACAGAGCUGUAAAAGGUCUAAAGGGAAUACAAUUUAACAGUUGUUUGAAAACUAAGAUGAACGGACUGUUUAAUCCUGUGUUGUGCUCUAACAUUGCCACAAAUCUCCUUUGUGUUUAUUGCGCUGUUCCUGUCGGUAUAUGUGAUAGAAUGAAGGGGGAUGUUCUUUAAUAAUCCAACAUACUAAAAUGAUUUGACAGUAUCAGCCUUUCUUAUUUUUGUUGUUUCAUAUGCUGGUUUCACUUGUUGUUUAAAAUGUUAUCGUAACAUUUAGAAGGGAGUACGGACAGCAUACAGAAGAUAGGCUCAUAUAGAAUUCCUCCAAAAUUGUGACGCACCCACAUUAAUCAUGUGUCUCUGUGUCAAUAAAGUGGUAAGAGCUGG